AUAGGGCUGUUCGGAAGUAUAAAAGUCAAAAUAAAUAAACACAUGUGCUUCGGCUAGUUAGUUUUUCAAUACGAGUAUAAUAAAAAAAAAUUCUCUAUUCAAGAUUAUUAUUAGUGAAACAAAAUAAAAAAGGUACAGAAUGCCGUAUGCACGUAAAAAAAUGCACAGCGGUGACACCCAUCUUCGUCGGCGAUGGAGACUUCGAAGCCGCAAAAAGGAUCUUGAUGAAAUCGACUCAGACCUCAAGAACUCAUCGGAUAGUUUGCUGAAUCAAGAAGUUGAUCUGGAGAAACCAGGUUUUGCUCAGUUUUACUGUGUUCAUUGUGCAACCUACUACAUCAACGAUCGGGCACUUCAAGAUCACUUCCGGACGAAGGUACACAAGCGUCGAUUGAAGGCUCUGGAAGUGGAACCCUACACCGUUGAAGAUUCGCUUCGUGCUGCUGGACAGGGAAGCUUUGUCGAACCGCAAAAACGGAAAAUGGAAACACAACCUUCCAAAAAGGAGUAUGCUGAUGGCAAGCGGAUGAAGGUUGACGUGGUAAUUGAAGAGGAAAAGCCCGCGAAACAAAACUUAUCAAAAGUUCCAAAAUAUGAUGGACAGUUUGGUAAAAUAUUAGAGGAUUUGAAAACUCCCGCAACAUAAACAUAUCUUGUUUUGUUAAUGAUUUACAUUCUUAGUUGUUUAUUACAAAGCUUGCAUUUUAGAAGUAAGAUUCGGGGAAUAUUUUGAAAAUAAAAACAAAAUUUUCGAAAAAAAA